AUCGCAUACUCAUCGCCAGACCGACAGUCAUUUGAAAUUGUGCUUCAAGAGUUGAACUUACUUGAUAGCGAUCCGAUCUCCCGCAUCACGAGAAAUAUCUUUAAGUGCAGUAUCGGCUGCCAUUGUUCUUCGGGCGGGAACAAUACACGUGAUAUUACCGUGGAAAGCAGAGAAGCCAAAGAGAUGCAGCUGCAGUUGUUGAUGUCGUUGCCACUACGGUUGUUUCUCCUUUUGAUGCUCGUAUGCGCACAACACUGUCUGGCAUGCGCCGGCAAGAAUCUUAUACGGUCAGGAGUAUCUUGUCAAGACAAGCGAAAUAUACUCGACGAGCACAAUCGACUCCGACAAUUAGUCGCAUUGGGACAAAUUCGUGGCCAACCACCAGCCAAACUAAUGAUGGAAAUAAUUUGGGACGAUGAAUUAGCCGCGGUAGCUCAGCGAUGGGCAAGCCAUUGCAACGAGAACCACGAUAAUGCACGGAAUGUUCGUAGAUUCGCAGUCGGCCAGAACAUCGCGCGUACAUGGACAACGCGCAGGCCGAUCGGGUCCUACGAUUCCGAACCCGACUGGAGGCCUCAAAUUUCUGCCUGGUUCAGCGAAGUACAAUAUUACCGCAGUGGCUACAGCAGCAUUACCGGCCAUUACACUCAAGUUGUAUGGGGCACAACGUUUUUAAUCGGCUGCGGCUAUUCCUUCUAUUAUGAUCCAUUACGAGGCUACACAAAGAAUUAUGUUUGCAACUACGGCCCGAGUGGCAAUAUUCUUGGUUACAAACCAUAUCCAUUUGGAUGGCCAGAAUGCAAUUCAUAUGGUGUCAACUACUCUAAUAGAUACUCCGGACUAUGUUCACGAGGAGUCUACUAUCCCCUUGGCGUAUACUGUACUUUCGGUUAGAUUUUUAUUAGAAAUCUG